UGUGACUCUUUGUGGGGUGCACGUCCGCCAGCUCCAGAAUAUGGACGAAGAAUCCAGUGCAGAACGAGUGGAAUUUAGAAAUGGCCCUGACCAGAUACUUCCUGCAUCAUCCUUCAAAACGAGUGAUGCAGAUGGUGCAGUUCAGCUUUACAUAACUGAAGAGGGUGUAACAGCAGACCAACCCAUUUCCAUUCAUACCAUGUUAAAGGCAAAUGCUGAAGAGUAUCCAAAACAUCCUGCACUGGCUGUUAAGAAGAAUGGAAUAUGGAAGUACUGGACCUACAAAGAGUAUUUUGAUGAAUCCAGGACGGUCGCUAAGGCUUUUAUUAGGCUCGGACUGGAAAGAUUCCACGGAGUUUGCAUUAUGGGAUUUAACUCUCCAGAAUGGAUGCUUGCUAACUUUGGUGCCAUUUUUGCCGGCGGGAUUUGUGUCGGCUCAUACACCACCAAUUCACCAAAAGUCUGUAGACACAUCUUAGAUGACUGCCAAGCACAACUAGUUGUUGUAGAAAAUGAAGUGUGUCUCAAUAAGAUCCUGGCAGUUAAACAAUUUCUUCCUCACAUCAAAGCAAUCAUCCAGUGGUCAGGCGUCCCAAGUGCUGCUGGUGUGUUAUCCUGGGCUGAGCUUAUGGCUAUUGGUUUGGCUGAGAAAGAUACUGAAUUAAAUGAACGACUUUCUCUGUCUGCAAUCAAUCAGUGCUGUACAGUGAUCUUUACAUCAGGCACAACUGGUCCUCCAAAAGGAGUCAUGUGCUCACAAGAUCAUAUGACCUGGGUAGCAAAGCAGUUCAUGGUGAAUAUGCCACAUCUUCAAACUGCCUAUGAAGUUAUUGUAUCAUACCUCCCAAUGAGUCAUCUUGCUGCUCAGAUGCUUGACAUAUAUAUGGCCUGUUCAUUUACUGGUACAGUCUACUUUGCACAGCCUGAUGCUUUGAAAGGAACACUUCUACACACAUUAAUUGAGGUCCAACCAACUUCGGUCCUGGGUGUACCUAGAGUGUGGGAGAAGAUGUAUGAGAAGAUGCAAGAGGCGGGAGCUUCAGCAGGAGGAAUAAAGAAGACUCUUGGAUCGUGGGCUAAGUAUCAUGGACUAAACUACUAUAAAGCUUUAUUUAAUAAUAGGCCACUGUCAUGGUAUGAAAGUAAUGCUAACUCUCUUGCCAAAAGGGUAGUUCUCAACAAAGUGAAGACAGCACUUGGCCUGAGCCGAGCACAUUUCUUAUGUUCAGGAGCUGCCCCCAUUUCCAAGGAUGUUCUGGAGUACUUCAUGAGCUUGGACAUGCCCAUUAUGGAAGGUUAUGGUAUGUCUGAAUCUCUGACCAUUUGUUCCAUGUCUCUCCUGCAACCUGGAAUGUUCAGACUUGGAAGUGUUGGCAAGAGACUUCCUCAAACUAUUGUUCGUUUGAAGAGUUCUGCAGAUUAUAAACCAGGAGACGGAGAAAUCCUUAUAAAAGGAAGAAAUGUAUUUAUGGGAUAUCUAAACAGUCCAGAAAAGACCGAUGAAACUCUUGAUGAUGGCUGGCUGUCAACUGGAGAUAUUGGCUGUUUUGAUGAAGAUGGAUUCCUGUACAUCACAGGACGUAUUAAAGAACUGGUAGUCACGGCUGGAGGGGAAAAUAUACCUCCACUACUGAUUGAGAAUCACAUUAAAAAAGAACUGCCAUUUAUCAGUACUACCAUAGUUAUUGGGGAUUGCAGAAAAUACCUGUCAGUUCUAUUAACCCUGAAGGCUGAAGUUGAUAAGAAUACUGGUGAACCUCUUGAGACUUUAACUCCAUCUUGCCAGACCAUGAUGAAGAGCCUUGGACUAAAUGUGAAGACAGUAGUGGAUGUUUUGGACGAACUUAAGAGGAACCCUCAGGGAGCUGUUGCUACAGCCAUACAGAAUGGAAUAGAAAGGUACAAUGAGAACCAUGCAGCAUCACAUGCACAGAAGGUUCAGCGUUGGACGGUGUUGCCUUUGGACUUCUCCUUGGUAACGGGGGAAUACAACAACACUCUCAAGUUAAAAAGAAGUUUUGUGAUGGAUAAGUAUAAGGAUAUAAUUGAUUCCAUGUACCCAGACCCAAUGAAAUUAGGUAAACUUUAAGGCAGCACUUUGGCAGUAAAGUAUAUCUGUGGUACCCAAGUAUUUCAGAUAUUGGUAGUAAUUAUCAAUGUACUUCAGGGCUUAUACUAGCUGUUUCAGGUGUGUACUGGUAAGGACUGACAACCUAUUUCAGGUACUGGUAAUACAGUAAACUAUCUGUCAAUUAUAAGUGUGGGACCAAGAGGUGUAUGUAAAGUGGAUAAUUACACCAAUAAAUACUAUCAUGAAUAUGUGUCCAAGGAAAGCAGAUUACAGUUCUUGUGUCAGUUUAGUUAUAUUAUAGUACUGUACCUGUACACUAACUUACUUCAUUAUUAUCUAACACUUUCAUUGUUAUGACUCAGUUUUUAAUGUUAUCAUUCUCCCACAAUCACCAGAUAACUUACUCCUCAAACUCACCUUAAGACAAGUAGACUCAUCACCACACAGUCACUCAGCCUGUUGCCUAAUUCUCCAAUUUCUCCUCAAUUAUUCUCAUGUAAGUUCUGAAAAUUUAAUAAAGAAAUUAAUCUAUAAUGUAUUAUGAAAUUUAAUAUUUAUGUAGAAUGCUCAAAUUUUUCAUAAAAUAGAUUAUUUUGUAAAGUAGAUUUUAGGUUGACAGAUAUUUGAGUAACUUAACUGUAGUAAGUGAUGUACGGUACAGUAGUUUCUGGCAGUCGGCAGUAGACACUGGCAAAUCGAUGGGUAUUCAAUUAGCAAUUCACCAAUCUGCACCGCAAUGAAUUGUGGUACAAAAUAUAGAACAGUACAGUAUGCCUGUACUGUACUACUCAAAUCUGUGCUUUUUGUGAUAUGAUGCACUGAAAAUUUCAUAAAAUUACCCUGUAAAAAAUUCUUCUGGGAAAAUUAUAACAUUAAUAGGUAUUCUAAGUUUGCAUUUAAUGUUUCUUAAUGUUGUUAAAAUGAACAAACUGAGAGUCAGCUAUACAAUUGACUCUCCUGUGUAAACAAAAAACAUAAUCUUGGUGACUAAAACUUCAUGGGCUAAAGGUUAUGUCAGACAGUGGCUGGCAAUCGGCUACCUACAUAUCUCAUACUGUAAUUUACUCUUAAGUGCUGUUAACUUAUGCUAAUACUGUACUUACUGUUCAAGUUUCUAGCUUCCAUUGUAUAAAUAAUGCACCUGUCAACCACCAUAUUUCUCACACUUCUGGUUUGGUUUCAUGGUUACCACCUAUACCAGGAACCAUCUAACCAAUCAGUCUCCACCAUUAAGUUGUCACUUGGUGUUUUCUAAAAAUAGUAUACUGUAAUAGUUUUAGAAUUUACUCACUAUUGCAAUGCUGAAGACAUGUGUUACUAUAAAAAUAUAUUAAUUAUUUGGUUAUAGAGAAAUUUAAAAUUUUACUUACCAGUAGAGGCGGGCAGAUGAGCUGCUGGGGUCAAUGUUGGAGGGACUGACAGUGGUAUUUGCUGGGGGUGAGGCUGGUACAAUGAUGACAGCUGAGGGAGAGGCUGGUGGUGAGUAGCUGAGAGAGAAGUUGGUGGUGAGUAGCUGAGGGAGAGGCUGGUAGUGAGUAGCUGAGGGUGAGGGAGAGGCUGGUGGUGAGUAGCUGAGGGAGAGGCUGGUAUGGUGAUGACAGCUGAGGGAGAGGCUGGAGAGGUGUUGGAGAAGCUGGGUUAUCUGUGUCUGAGUCACCACUGUCACCAGGUAAUGAAGGCAGGCUGAUGCCAAGGGGAGGAUGGGUUUUCCUCUGAACUAAAGGGCUGACAGGGAUAAAGGGUGGUGCUAGAGGAAGCUGGAGUAGAGCCAUGAGUGGGAGAUAAGAGUCUUUUGUUGGCAGCUUCAGUUUCUUUUGCUUGUAGGUGACUUUACUUGGUUUGGGUGUGAAUCCACAGUUAGUCAAGAUUCAUUGUCUAGAACAAAAAUCUCUGCCAGAUUCUUCCUGUUCAGUUCUUGUGGCUCCUCAGUGGGACUUGUUGGUUCUUCUUGCAUCUCUUCUGGGCUUGAUGCCUCACCAGAUAUAAGCCGGCAAUUAUCUCUCGUUGAAUCUAAUUUCAGGGAGUUUCUGGACAAUAUUAUGUUUUAAAAGAAAUCAUUAAAUUUUUUACCACUAGAAAAGACUUGAGCUACUCUCCACCAAGUCACAAGGCAGAAUAUUACGGGUCUUAAACCAAGGGAGGAAAGUUUUGAGCCAAGUCAGUUCUCAAGUCCACAAAAAUAAUGACUCAUUGCCACUCACAUCAGGCUUUAGAUUCUUCAUUGUUUCUCCAUCUUAUCAUUUAAUACUGAAGGCGUACUGCCAGAUGAAAUACCACCAGACAAAAUCAUGCACUUUUCCAAUGAUUCCUGAGAAAAAAAGACUUAAUUCAUAGAGGAUCAACAUAUUGAUUACAGUACCAGCAUCAUCCAGAUAAGACUAAAUUAUUUUCCAUUACAGUAUUUUCAGAAUUUGCAGGUUUCUUAUUCAGGCAUAUACAGUACUGUAUAGUGUAUAUAUAUACAGUAUAGGAAAUAAGACAGGAAACAGUAGAACUAGUAUUGAAUAAAGAUAAUAGAAAAUACAAACCUUGGAAAUGUAAUUAUUUUUAGUUCGCGUAAAAAGUAAGUGGAAAACUAUGUCUUUCAUAUAUUUAUUUUAUUUCAUAUUCUUUUGGAAAAAGUAGAUAUGUCUUACACUUAAAGACACAAUUAAUGUAAUAAAUCUAUUAAUCUUGAGACAACAUUAGUACUGUACCUAUUAAUAAUCAGCUAAACUAAAUUAGAUUGUCUGACUCAGGACAAAGUAAAGUACCCAGUGCAGUACAGUGCAGGACAGUACAAUACAGUACAGUACAGUGCAGGAUAGUACAAUACAAUGCAGUACAGUACUGUGCAGUAUAGUACUGUGCAGUAUGGUACAGUACAGUACUGUGCAGUAUAGUACAAUACAGUACAGUACAGUAUAAUACAGUUCAGUACAAUACAGUGCUGUAGAGUAGAGUACAGUACAGUACUGUACAGUACAGUAAAGUGUUACAUGAGGUUUUUACAGCGGUAUAUAAUUUAUAGUGAACUGGUCACGAUAUACAAGUUUUCUUUGACAAAGGCAUCCAUAUAACACUAACCCAGACUUAAUCUAUCAACAAUCUGAAUAUGAAUCAUAUUUAGUGGUCAGGUGUAUAACCACAAUUGUUUGUAUAUUGUGUAUUUUAUUAAAAGUAUUUUAAGAUUA